AUGCCGUUUUGUUUGGCUGAGCUAAAGAACGUGUUCUUCGACGCCCUCACCGGCUGCCCACCAGACGCGCCACAGCAGACGAGAGACAUGGCGGUGACCGUGGCCGGCGCGUCUCUCUUCGCUGGAUCGUGGCAACCGCUGGAGGCAACACGUGUGCCGGUGCGCGCCUACCUGCGCGGGACAGGCGAGCUCGAUACGGAGGACUCAUGCAGGAGAUCUGUGGUGCGCGUCGUGGAUGCGGCGAUGAACGAUCUGCUCAACGACGAUGCCGUGAACGCGUUUAUCGGAGCCAGGGCGUGCGAGUCGGCCGACGUCGUUGGAGCAUGUGAGCACAUCUUGCGCAAGUACCUCCUUUGGAUCCUGGAUGGCUACUUGCACUACGACGGGACGGUCCAGUGCCCCUUCUACGAUGCACUCAAGAGUACGGUGUGCGCGUUUUCGCUGGAGUGGGGUCAGACGUUUGGGCCGAUGUUUGCGGAGGCGCAAAGCCCGGACGAGUUCUUCAACGUUUUGGUCACGCGCGGCGCACUGCACCACGCCACUGCCAUGGCGACGAACCCCGACGACGCGAAGGUGCGUAUGGUGACCGCCAUGUCUAUUCAGGUCUUUCUGAUGGCCAAGACGUACUCGCCAAAUACGCCGUUUCCGUCACAAUUCGCGCUCUGA